AUUAUUCGUACUAUUAGCUUCCGUGUAGCGAGUGGUGAUAUAAAUAUAAAGUAUUGCGAACAGAACAUAAUCCCAAUUAUUUGUCCCUAUUGGUAUAAGGUGGUUAUGAUAUGUGUUUGUUGGUGUUUUUUAAAAGUUGUGCAUUGCUUGCAAUCCUGGCUGCCCGAGCAAUGUGCUUUAAGUUCCACUGCCAAGUUACGGAAUGCUACGUGUCCAGUCUGAUCCCUGAACUAGAGGGAAUAUACGUGCUUAGUUACAUACCGCAAACAAUAAAAAAAUUAACAUUUGACAACCUACGCAUGGACAGCGUUGGUCCUUAUGUACUGUACAAAGUUCCCGCAACAGUGCAAACGUUAACCAUAAUAAGUUCUCCGGCAAUGAAACAUCUCCACAUACCGAGCAACUUGUCGUCUUCUGAGAUGUACAUAACACGUACUGGUAUCAAUUCGAUUCACUUUGAAGAAAAUAUCUCAUUAAAUACGGUAAUAAUUUCACCUUGUGGAUUAGAACAACUACCAUUCACUUUAGGGAAUUUAAAAAAACUAGCCUUUUUCCGAAUCAGCAACUCCCAAAUACAGGUACUGUAUAUCCAACAGUUGCGACUUGCUAAGAAUGUAGAAAGGCUGAUGGUAGUAAGAAGCCGCAUACACUCCAUCAUAAUUGAUUCCCCUGAAAGAUGUUGCGAUCGAUUAGAUGAGCUAGAUUUGCAAAAAAAUUUACUUACAAGUAUCGAUUUUGCGACAUUUGAUCCUCUCCACCGGUUGCGAGUGCUUAUUUUAGCGGACAACAGCAUAGAGAUGCUUGUGGGAAGUCCAAGCAACUCCGCGUUAGAAUACCUGGUUUUGACAAACAAUCACAUAAAGCAUAUAGCUUUUUGCGGUUGGAAUCCACUACCGAGCCUUAUUUCAGUUAAUCUUAAAAAUAAUAGAUUGGCAAAGGAACCUAGCUGUUUGGAAAAUCUGAGUACCAAUGCCACCGUAUAUGUAACACUUUAUGGAGGGACGAUGGAAAAGUUUGUUGAGCUGAAAAAUCGCUCUCAGUCAAAACUAAGGUUUUGUUUGACUUUUUUCCCUUGUGAGUGACCAAGCAGUGAUCAUAAAAAUAUGUUUUUUCUUAAUUGAGGAAAAUUAUUACAAGUUAUUGGAAUUAUGUUUUCAUACACAUAAAUUGUUGAUCAGGAAACUAUUAUGAAUACUGAAUGGUUUA